CGAGCUCUCCCGUUUCUUUGUUACCUCUCCAGAACAGAGCUGAGACUACUCCGUGGGCUCCUUAAAGCCAUGACAGCUCUUCUGCUAACUUUGGCUAUGCUCCUGCUCACGUCUCAGGUCAUCCCAGGCAGUACUGAGAAGUGCUGGAAUUCUCGUGGCUCCUGCCGGGAUAGAUGCAUUCGCAAUGAGAAAGUCUAUGUUUUCUGCGUGAGUGGCAAGCUGUGCUGUCUGAAGGCUAAGGACCAGCCAUAUGUCCCGCAGCACUGAACGAGUGCUUUGAAGUCCAAGGCUAUAAAAAUGAAGAUAAACCUGCCCUGAGUCUGACCUCAGUGGAUUUCUGAGC